AACAUCACCUGAUUGGUCGGCUGGAGGAACGCCGACCAAUGGGAGAACAGCUUACAAAACCUCGCCUGUCAUAUGACACAGCUGAUCGAUCUGGGUUGAGGAACCAAAACACAGCGAGAGGUCAACAUGCUGGAUAGCGUCUUUAACAUCGACUGUGGUUACUUGGAGGGCCUGUGCAGGGGUUUCAAAAAUGGUAUCCUCAAACAGACGGAUUAUUUGAACCUGGUGCAGUGUGAGACUCUUGAUGAUUUGAAACUCCACUUGCAGAGCACAGAUUAUGGCAACUUCCUGGCCAACGAGGCCUCGCCACUCCAGGUCUCUGUCAUUGACGAUAAGCUGAGGGACAAGUUGGUGACAGAAUUCCAGCACAUGCGUAACCAUGCUGUGGAACCUCUAGGAACCUUCCUUGAUUAUAUUACCUAUGGGUACAUGAUCGACAACAUUGUCCUGCUGAUCACAGGCGCUCUCCACCAGCGCCCAAUUUCUGAGCUGAUGCCCAAGUGCCAUCCCCUCGGCACCUUCGAGCAGAUUGAAGCCAUCAAUGUGGCUUCCACCAGCUCUGAGCUGUACAAUGCUGUUCUUGUGGACACUCCUCUUGCUGACUUCUUCGGAGAGUGUGUCAGUGAGCAGGAUCUGGAUGAGCUGAACAUUGAGAUCAUCCGUAACACCCUAUACAAAGCCUAUCUGGAGUCCUUCUACAACUACUGCAAGUCCUUGGGAGGCACCACUGCUGAAGUGAUGUGUGAGAUCCUUGCUUUUGAGGCAGAUCGUCGUGCUUUCAUCAUCACCCUUAACAGCUUCGGAACAGAACUGACCAAUGAAGACCGUAAGAAGUUGUAUCCUCAGUGCGGCAAACUAUACCCAGAUGGUCUUGCUGCUUUGGCUCGUGCUGAUGACCCAGAGAAUGUGAAGCAGGUUGCAGAGUUUUACACUGAAUACCGGGCACUGUUUGAAGGAGCUGGCAACAACCCCGGCGAGAAGACCCUAGAGGACAAGUUCUUUGAGCAUGAGGUAAAGCUCAAUGUCAAUGCCUUUCUCCACCAGUUCCACUUUGGGGUCUUCUAUGCCUAUCUCAAGCUGAAGGAGCAGGAGUGCCGAAAUAUCGUGUGGAUCGCAGAGUGCAUUGCGCAGAAGCACCGAGCAAAGAUUGACAACUACAUACCCAUUUUGUAAAUUUUGCAGCCAAGUGCGGCGGGAGAAUGUGGGACACUCUAAAGCAGUAUGUAUAAGGGGUCUAAUGAGACGCAUUUGGAUGAGGUAUAUAUUCAAAUUUUGAUAAUUUAGGCAAAUUUCGGUUUCAGAUAUCAGGACUAUUGCAAGAGUUUAAACAUUUUAAUAUUUGGAUAUGAUUUUUUUUUUUUUUUUUUUUUUACAGCAGAUUAAUGGCAGAAAAAUUAGCUGUUAUUAUUAUUUUUUUUACAGUAUUUUCUUUUAAUAUUCCACUUUUUUAUGUUCCCGCAAAAAGAACAGAUCAAAUACAUGGUUGUUCCCCAAAGUGCAAAAGGGCAGUUAACAAAUGUUUAUUAUCUUUAUAAGGAUUUCAUUAUUCCUUAAUAUAAUUUUUCUUUUUUGCAGUAUCAUUUACUUUUUUACUUAAUGGUGCACUAGUAUUGUACCAGCUAUAGAUAUAAGACUAUGGUACUUUGGGUAUGAUACAUAUAGAGCAAGUAUAUUUCAUAUUAUAGUUGUCCCCAGUGUGAAGGAAAAGUUUAGCUUCAGAGGUUUUCACACCAAAGCCAUCUUUUACUUGAAUCAUCAUGAAAAGGUUGUUAAGUAUUCUUUAGCUUUUAUAAUAGUGAGAGGAACUGUCUAACUUGUUUCCUGAUUUUUUAUUCUUUUUCUUUAUUUGUUCUUUUCUUGCAAAACAUGUUACCAUAGACUUCUGCUGCAAGAUGUCUAGUUCCUCUUUUCCGUCAUUUUGGCAGUAAAAGAAUGAUAUAUCUAAAAGGAACUUUAUAUAUAUGUAUAAGAUAACGUAAAACAUUGUCACUGUUGGUACUAGUGACACAGACCAAGUUUUGCAUGUGGUAUUGGUACCUUGUCAUUUUUUGCAAUCACUAGACUUGGCUGGGAAAAAAGUGUAUUUAUGGUAGUGGUCUAAAUAAAUUGUUCAUAGUCCUUGCCAAAGGGAAAAAAAAAAGAUAGAAAUGAAUAUUAAUUAAUUUUUACCAUUUUAAAAGAAUUUUGUUUUAACAUUCCAAAUAUUUAUCAGAGUUUGCAAUAUUUAUUUGUCAGGGGAAAAUAUCUUCCAGUAGCACAAGUUUACAGAUAAUUUUUGUUUGUAAGUGUAUGUAUGACAUUUCAUUGUGAUGUAAUGCAUUAUUCUGGAUGUAUAAUUGUACAUAAUGUUUAUUUGUGAAGUUAUAUAAUGUUUAGAUAUAUACUGUAAUAAAGCAUGGUGGUAUUGAUAA